UGAGCUGGGACAGUCGCCGGCCUCGAUGGGGAACCUCCGAGCCUGUGGUGCCCGCUGGGAGCUCAUGUCCGGACCCUGGACGCGUCUGGUCAGAGAGGAGCAAGUGGGUGAGCUGGGUGAGCACGGGCCCCCCAAAAAUGGCAAAAGCACAGGGCGAACGUGGGGGGACCCCAGCCAGACUGGUAAUGUCCACACUGCCCACCUUGGGGGAGAGCCUCCACUCACCAAAAGGACCUUCCAGCUUGUGCCCCACCUUGCUGCGCGUCCACGACCCAACUGACGCAGCGUCAGCUGCAUCACAAUGGCACUCCUGGGUUUUAAAAGGUCCCUCUGUGCCCCCCCCCCGGUCACUGCGGGCGCUGAGAUGCUGUUGCUGAGUCUCUGCGGGAUGAACUGAGGGAGCGAAGGGUCUCAGCCCAGGCGAGGCCAUGGAGAGGUUUUUGCUUGCCAAUGGCUACCAGCUUGGCAGGACCAUCGGGGAGGGGAUGUACUCCAAAGUGAAGGAGGCUUUUUCCCUAAAGCACCAGAAGAAAGUGGCAAUUAAAAUAAUUGACAAGAAGGAAGGCCCAGAAGACUUUAUUCAGAGAUUCCUGCCCCGGGAGCUCCAGAUCAUCACGCGCUUGGACCACAGGAACAUCAUCCGUGUGCACGAGAUGCUGGAGUCUGCAGAGGGGAAGAUCUACCUUGUGAUGGAGCUGGCGGAGGACGGGGAUGUCUUUGACUACGUGCUCCACGAGGGUCCCCUGCCCGAGCCCCAUGCCAGGGCGCUCUUCUGCCAGCUGGUUGAGGCCAUCCAGUACUGCCACGACCACGGGGUGGCCCACCGUGACCUCAAGUGUGAGAAUGCCCUGCUGCAGGGCCACACCUUGAAGCUGACAGAUUUUGGCUUCGCCAAGCUGCUCCCCAGGGAGGGCAGAGAGCUGAGCUGGACCUUCUGUGGCAGCACAGCCUACGCGGCGCCUGAGGUGCUGCAGGGCAUGCCCCACGACAGCCGCAAGGCCGACAUCUGGAGCAUGGGUGUCAUCCUCUAUGCCCUGCUCUGUGCCCACCUGCCCUUCGAUGACACUGACAUCCCCAAGAUGCUGCACCAGCAGCAGAGAGGCAUCUCCAUUCCUGGGCACCUGGGGAUCUCCAGGGAGUGCCAGAACCUCUUGAAAAUGCUCCUGCAACCAGACAUGACCCUCAGACCCUCCAUCAGGGGGGUCAGCAGGCACCCGUGGCUGAUGAACCCCUGAGAAGGACUUGCCCUACUCUCCCCAAAUGGAACAGAUUGUUUCUAAAAAGAUGAUAAGUUUGUAGCUCGGUGUUUCCCACCUAUCCAGUCUCGCAGGUGGUGUGUCAGGCCUCCAGCUGGCAGAGACAAGGUCUGGGUCAUACUCGGGCAUUUUUAUCAGCUCACUCAAAGCCCUCAGCGGCUGGGAACUGGGCAGACACGAGCUCUGAGCAGCCGGGGCAGCGUGGCUCCACCUUCCUGAGCAAAGCAUACCUCCCCUGAAGGGGGUGGCAGGAAAGGGAAAGUUAAAGCAGCGGACACACAGACCCUCUCAGCCCCCAUUCUGCAGGCGAAGGAAAUGAGAACACCCAACACAGGCAGAGACUCUGUAGAAUUCCUUUAAUUGCUGUUAACUGCAAGUCUGUAAAAGGUUUGGAGAAAGUCAUCGUUACAAAACUACCAGCUGUUAGAAUUGUUCCUGGUUUUCACCCCAGCUAGAAAAGGCUCAGGGAGAUGCAGAAUAGUUCAGAACAGAGAAUAUUGCACAGACAACCAAACGGUUAAUUUGACUAAAGAAAAAAAAAAAAAAAGUGACACAGAUGAGAGCACUGCACCCUCAGAGCUCUGCCACAGGCCCAAGGAUCCAGCUGCGACUCACACAGUCACACCCCAAGGGAACACAGCCCCGAGCCCCCCGCCCUGACACCCCCACUGG